AUGGCCUAUCUAGUUGAUUUGUCACCGCCGCUUGCUAAUCUUCAUGAUGUGUUUCAUGUAUCUCAGUUGAGGAGAUAUAUUUCGGAUCCAUCUCAUGUGAUCCAGGUGGAUGAUGUGCAGGUCGGAGAUAAUCUGAUUGUUGAUGUAUCACCCGUGUGGAUAGAGGAUUGGGAUAUGAAGCAGAUGUAUGGUAAAGAGAUUGCCUUAGUGAAGGUAUUUUGUGGUAGACCAACUGAUAGGAGUAUUACUUGGGAGCGUGAGAAGCAGCUGAGGGAGUCGUAUCUGAAUCUAUUUUCCUCAGCCGGGUGUUGGCGGAGUAUGUAUCCCGAAGAUAGUAUAAUUGAGCCGAAUAUGAGAAUUGAGAAAGUUACUGGGAAGAAGGAAUAUAAGAUAAUUAAGUUUGGGCCAAGUUGGUGA